GUAGUUCUUGAUGCCGCAGUGGUUGCUUGGUGCAUGCCAUGCGAUAUUCAUCUGAGUGCAUGCUCGAUUGAAGACACAUUUCUUGGAUUAAAUCCUGAGUUCGAUACGAAUCAACUUUGUAAUCUCGCUUUAUGGAGAUAUUCGAUUCGAUCUGUAUCUGUUAAUUGA